CCGGAAUAUGAGCACCUUCGCGUCUGCUAGAAGUAGCAGCCCCAACUCGUCACUCCCCCUAUAUAAGCUUAGCAUCGAGCUUGUCUCCAUGAUUCUUACCUACGGCUGUGACACCGAUAUCCUACUCAGGUUGGACAAUUGGAAGAGGCUGCUGAGGUCGCUCUUGACUAUCACAUCGGUAUCCAUUGGGCUCCGUAAUGUGGCGAUCGAGACUCCUGCCUUGUGGUUUCGGGUCCUCAUCAGGCCAGGCCGCACUGAUAAAGCGAGUUGCCUCAAUUCACUCAAUAUCGCCAAGCUGUUUUUUCAGCGUGCAAAGACGAAGAAGACAACCAUUUUCAUUUGCCUCCCACCCCCCUUCCCGCGGGAUCAGAUUCCUGUAUCCGCAUUCCAGGAAGCUAUUGGAUGCAUAAACAUUUUUUUCCCUCUUCCAGGGAAGCUUCGGAAUUUGAAGAAGCUGAAGGUGUUUGGCAUCGACUACUGUUGGGACGGUCAUCUCUUCGAAGAGGAUGAUCCUGAGAUCCAGCUUGACACAUUGGAAAUCCAAACACCGGUCAGUCGACUGAGUGCUAUUUCAGAUUUCAGCAAGUCUAUGGCAUCGUCAAUUCGCACUUGCGUGCUUGACGGCGUGGUAGACUCCUUGGAUGCCUGUAACGAAUUCUUCAAUAACGCCGUCAAUAUUAAACACUUGGAAUUAGGGUAUAAAUUUCUGGUCACAUCCCGUGGCCGAUCCGUCGCCCUCGCGGCCGGUUCCCCUGUGACACUGCCAGCACUCACCAGCGUCAAACUUUGCUCCUCUUCGCACAAGUAUUUCUUUGAUUGUUUAUCUUUCCCUUCGCUUCGCCACCUCUCUCUUCGAACAGAUCGCCACCCUUCUCUUGACCUGAUACGGCGCCCACCACAGUGGUUAUCAGAUGGACAUGGACCACCUCUCUGCACUCUCUCCGUAUCAGCGAGUACUUUGCUGAGCGCCAUCCCUGCCAUUGCAAUCCUCUUCGUAUGCAUGAAUGUUGUCAUGUUAGAGUGCCAGACAACCUGCGAGACGCUCAACAGAUUACUUGAUUUUAUUGGAAGUGUUCUACCUGGGGGUCAGGGAGCUUUCGAACGGCUAUCGUACUUCCGUAUCAGUUAUGAUGGCCGGCCGCUUGACGACGCUCAGACUGUGGUGGCAGCGGACUGGAUCGAACGCAUCUUAACUCACAAACUCGAAUUACGG